AUGCCGAUAGGAAAAAUUGAGACUUUUGAAAUUGGUGUUCAUAACUGGGAUGCAUAUUGUCGUCGUGUGAAACAGUUUAUAACCCUAAAUAGUAUACCAGUGAAUCUACAUGUGGCUACUUUGGUGACCCACGUGGGUGUAACCUGUUACGAGUUAAUGUGCGAUCUCUGCGCACCGGAACUACCGGAAAACAAAAGUUUCGAUGAAUUGGUGAGAGUAGUGAGAAAACACUUAGAACCACAGCGGUCGGAGAUUGCGGAACGACAUAUCUUUCGGCAAAGAAAGCAAAAGCAAGAUGAGACAGUGUGUGAUUAUUUGCAAAAUUUAAAGCGUCUGGCUAAAACUUGCAAUUUCACGGAGACCGUUAUGAACCCACUGGAGGUUAACUUGCGGGAUCAAUUCGUAUCUGGUCUUUACAAUGAGGACAUGAGGUCCAGGCUGUUUGCCGAAAAGGAUUUAAGUUACAAUCGCGCCGUGGAACUGGCGCUUUCUCUGGAGGCAGCGGACAGGCACGCUAUACAGGCGGGGUCCGGCGGCGGCGAAAGCAGAGGCGCAGCUGAGUCACUGCACAGCAUAGCGGCGAGACGAGAGCGGCGCAGCGCGGUGUCGCCGGCAUCGGGGCAGCCAGCGGUAGUACAUCAGGCAGCCCGAUGCUGGCGUUGCGGCCGCAACGGUCAUUCAGCAGCGAGAUGUCGUUACAAAAAUUAUUCUUGUGAUCAGUGCGGUCAAAAAGGACAUUUAAAAGUGGUGUGCCGUAAAAAUACGCGUAAAAGUGACGGAAGUGACCCAAAGGAAAUUAAGGAGCAACAUUUUUUAGAUGAUUCAGGUGACAGCGAACUAGAUUUUUAUAAUAUAAUUUGUAGCAAUAAUGACAGUCCUUAUUACAUUGAUUUAAAGAUUAAUGAUAUAACAGUCAAGUUUGAAAUAGACACGGGCAGUAAAAUCUCUAUGUUACAAGAGUCGCACAGCGGGCAUAUAGGCGUAGUUAAAAUGAAACAAUUAUCACGUAAUUACUUAUGGUGGGAUGGAAUAGAUGCUCACAUAGAAAGCACCUGUCGCGACUGUGCCGCUUGUGCCGCACACCGCGACGCGCCGCCGGCACAUGCUCCUUUACAUUGUUGGAACUGGCCUGAUCAACCGUGGGUUCGUCUUAAUCUGGAUUUCUUAGGUCCAUAUCGUAACAGUCACUACUUAGUCAUAGUAGAUGCUCACUCCAAGUGGAUCGAAGUAGAAAAGAAAUACCGAACACUGUACCACAAAAAAAGAGCCGUCGGUGGCGCUCUUCGGGCGCAUGUUACGCGGCCGCCUGGACUUGCUGCGCCCCGACACGGGCGCCCUCGUGCGCGCCGCGCAGCACACAUAACAGAACGCCGCGGCGGCACCGCGCGGGAAGCCAGCCAUGGCGACGCCGUCUACGUCAGGGACUACUCCACGCCGAGCGUCAAAAGGAGGGGUUAA